AUGUCUCGAAAGGAGGCUUCCCGCAAUACCAUCCUUCCCAAGACUCUGAAAGACUUACGUCCUACAAAGGACAUCCCAAAACCCCCUCCUGGUACUGAAAAACAAUCCAGCCCGGAUGACCUGUUAUGGAAGGAGGAGGAUCCCUCUAUGAAAUACCUCUUGUCUCAUAAGUUCAAUCAAGCGGGCCCAGGAUGGAUUGGUUUCGAAAAUUGUCAAGGACUCCGCACGGUCUUUGUCAAAGUCGUCAAGGCCACGAGGCACCAAAAACUUCAUUUCCACAAAACCGAUCAGGCCAACCUGAUCAACUUGCAAGAAGUAUUUCAUUCAAAGGAGUUCACCUAUCUGAUUUAUGACUUUGAUCGCUGCGAUCUACCAUUGUCUAUGGUCCAUGCUAGUCCAAAUGUUCAAUUUACCGAAGUUGAUAUCGCUAUAGUCUGUCGCCAAGUCCUCACAGGUCUUCAAUAUAUCCAUGAAAAACUCAAGAUCAGCCAUGGGUCUAUAAAACUUUCAGAUCUGCUGCUAGCCAAUAUCGGACAAAGCAUGCUCCAAGGCAAGACUUUAGAGCACAAAAGAGAAGACCUAAAAGGACUUGCGCUGGUUCUAAUUCAUUUAAAAAAUCCACACACGAUUUUGGAAGAUGGGAGAACACAUGUUAACAACCCAAGAGACGUGUCGCGUGAAGCUUACGAGUUCAUCGACAUGACAAAGAGCGCCACCUAUCGAGAACUGUUUCAAAAAUUUCUACACAUUGUCAUCAUGGAUACUAGCUCAUCAGAUUUAGCCACAUAUUUUCGUGGAUUCGCCAAAUUACAUCUAGGUCACAUUGUCAGUGAUACCUACAAUGAGAAGAACGUGCGUCAAUAUCUUCGCCUCUUCAAAACCGGUCAAUAUUCACGUGAAGAUCCAUUGCAUACGAUUGCGGUAACCAUAGUGUCGGAGACCCUAGUUAGAGCGGUCUCACAACAUGGCAUUGAUGCGAGCACACUGUACGAUCCACGGACGCCACCGCUUCUCACUCUCGAGCAAGAUAUUCAAUUGCCGUGCCUCCAAGGGCGAGACCUUCUGGAAGCUGCUAAACGCUCCCUGGGUUUUGGUGAGAAGUGGUGGGUCGUUCGUCUCUACUCAGCUGAUUCUGAGAUUCUUCAGUCCUUGUGGUCACAAGAUAACCGAAGUGUCAUGGACUGGAAGGCAAAAACCGGCACAAGUUAUACGUAUGUCAGACGCGUCUACGAGAACCGCGAUUUGCGAUAUGCGAUUGGCGCAUUGCUUCCAUACACGGGGCUAUGGGAUUCAUUCACACUCCGCAAGUUAGAUUAUGUGAUAGGCUCACAUAGCCUUGAGGAGAUGGCACACUAUCUACAGAAGAUCUAUAAACAAUGGUCAAUUCUUGAAGCACCCGUCGUCGAAUCGGCCUCCGUCGAUCUGAUUGAGGGCAAGGAUUCAGAGAGAACGCUACGUCAAGCAUUACUUGGCUCGUGGAACCAAAUACCCGGCGAGGACGUAACAAUUCAGGAUACUGAAUUCUACUUCGAUAAGAUCUCCCUUAACAGGGUGGUUUCCGAAUUAGAACACCGGCACGCUGCCUGGAUAUCAUACUUGCAACUCUGGAUGUCUGCCUUCCGGCAUUUCAUCGAUCCGCGACGAGGAAAAGAGGGCGAAGAGCCUGGCGUACAGCCCUUGUUGGAUAUCCAAGGGAAAGCAGAUUUUGAGUUUGUGGCUAAUAAAUUGGGAUUCAACAAGCGAUUUCCACGUUCCACAAGAUACCCUGUUUUUCAGUACAUAUCCAGAACAUUAACGAACAACGGUUCAGUGGAGUCUGAGAGAGUGAGCAAUGUCAGAGAUAGAUUUGUUCAGACCUUCCCAGAAUCCCAGGACUUCAGUCGCGCAAGGGAUAUAUCUCACGAAUGGAGCACUAAUAUUGACGACCAAAAAUCCACAUUCCGAGCCGGGAGACCAGAAGUCGAGGAAUUUCGAAAAUUACGGCAGUACUUUUAUUUUAAAAUCGUCGGUAAUGAUGAUGGAUCGCCCAAGUCAUACCCGACAGCUAUUGCUGUUAUGAGAGAGAUAUUCUUCGACUUUUUUGGAAGAUUUUGGCUGGAAUCAAUUUCAAGUCCUGUAGAGAUGGAGCAUCAUCCGGCUGUCUCACCAUCUAUUUAUUCAGUCAGUACUGAAUUGGCUGAACCGGCUCCUCUACUCAUGGAAAGCAAUGGAGUCACAGCUGUUAAUGAGGUCUCAAGGUUGGCAACGCAAGCCUUAGUACCGAUGAACGAUGUGAGUUUGGAAUCGGCGCCGCCAAAAGCAGCAGGCUUUGAGGACGAUGAAAACAUAGGUCCACUUGCGGAAUUAUGCUAUAUUUCGCACCACCGCGGGAGCCGUGAGAUUAUCGAAAAGUGGUACCAUGACCGUGAUCCAGACCUGGUAGUGCUAUUUUUAUUCGAUCGAAGAGCGUUUUAUAAGUUCCGACGAAACUCUAACAAGGAGCUCAGCGAUCGAAUCCACUAUUUGGCGCAGGAAAAUUACUUUUUCGCAAUAUGCGAUAACGUAAAAUCUAUACCAUACCAAGAGACUGUCGCAGCGCUGUUGAAGUUUAGCCUUUUGUUAGUGGGAUCAAAGGAUGGUCCUACGAGGACUAUAGCUCGUGAAGGAGCGUUGACUUUGAAAGACCUUGAAGAAUUUGUUGUUCUUUUUGAUCCUAAGACAGGAAAGAGAAGACCUGAUUGA